CAAAUCGCAACAAUUGUCGCCUCCGUCACCGCAGGUAGCAAGCAGGCGACGGCCCCCCUGCGGAGAAGCAAAAACUACCUUUUCCGUUGCGUCGUCUCCGAUCUUCAAUCGCACCGGUUUUUAAAGCAACUUUGCUCUUGUGCACUGAGUGUUCCCUCAAAUUGGAGAGCUGUUUUAGUUAUCUGUACUAAAUCGAGCUGCAGGGCACUUUAUGUAUGCUCUAGAAGCCUAAUUUGCGACAGUAAAGAAACAAGAUGACGAGUUUGCCAAAUCAGCAGAAUGGGUUCAAUGGCUUGGCUGAGCAACCCAAUUUCCCAUUCAAGCUUUCUGGCGGAGCUUUAGCAUGCAUGGUGAACUCUGAGAUUGGUGCGGUUUUGGCUGUGAUGAGAAGAAAUGUGAGAUGGGGAGUGCAAUAUGCAUCUGAUGAUGAGCAGAUAGAGCACUUUCUCAUAAAAUCUUUCAAGGAACUCCGAAAAAAGAUAUUUUCUUUUAAAAAUCAUUGGCAUACCAUUGAUCCUGUUCUGUACGUCCAGCCAUUUUUGGACGUCAUUAAAUCUGAUGAAACUGGUGCACCAAUCACUGGUGUUGCGUUGUCAUCUGUUUACAAAAUCUUAAAUCUGCAGAUACUUGACUCAGAAACUGUGAAUGUAGACAAUGUCUUAAACCUAAUUGUGGAUGCUGUCACAAGCUGUCGUUUUGAGGUGACUGAUCCUGCUUCUGAAGAAGUUGUUCUGAUGAAAAUUCUGCAAGUUCUUUUGGCUUGCAUGAAAAGCAAGGCAUCUGUUAAUUUGAACAAUCAUCAUGUAUGUAGCAUUGUGAAUACUUGCUUCCGUAUAGUUCAUCAAGCAAGCUCAAAAAGUGAAUUGCUGCAAAGGAUAUCUCGCCACACAAUGCAUGAGCUGGUUAGGUGUAUAUUUUUGCACCUUCCUGAGUUGGAGGGUGGAAGGAAUCAAUUACCUUGUGGAGAGAAGUCUUCUUCAAUUGUAGAGGACAAUGCCGCCACACAGAGUCCUACUUCUGAGGGGAAGGCAAAAAAUGAAAUUUGCAUUCCUGCAGAAUCUGAAAAUGAAAAGACUGAGAGUUCUCCUGGGAAUGAUGGCUCCUUAAAGGAUGAUUCUUCAAUGAUGGACCCAUAUGGAGUCCCAUCAAUGGUGGAAAUAUUUCAUUUCUUGUGCUCUCUUCUGAAUGUGAUGGAUAAUAUAGAAAUGGGUCCAAAAUCCAAUCCAAUAGCAUAUCAUGAAGAUGUUCCUCUUUUUGCACUGGGUUUGAUUAAUUCUGCGAUAGAAUUGGGCGGAUCUUCUUUUGGGAAUCAUCCUAAAUUAUUAGCUCUGAUACAGGAAGAACUAUUUUACAAUCUGAUGCAGUUUGGCUUGUCAAUGAGCCCGCUUAUUCUCUCAACUGUAUGUAGCAUAGUCCUGAAUCUCUAUCACCAUCUCCGAACUAAAUUAAAACUACAGCUUGAAGCUUUUAUUUCCGAUGUGCUGUUGAGGAUUGCACAAAGUAAGCAUGGAGCUUCUUACCAACAACAAGAGGUUGCUAUGGAAGCGCUUAUUGACUUCUGCAGGCAGCCUAUGUUUGUCGCCGAGUUGUAUGCCAAUUAUGAUUGUGAUAUAUCAUGCGGAAAUGUGUUUGAAGGCCUUGCUAACCUGCUGUCAAGGAGUGCUUUUCCUGUUAACAGCCCUUUGUCGGCCAUGAACACGCUUGCUUUGGAUGGUCUGAUUGCUUUGGUUCAGGGCAUGGCUGAAAGAAUAGAGCACGAUUCAUCAAGUUUAAGGGAAGCCAUUCCAGAACUUGAAGAAUAUAGUUCUUUUUGGAUUCUCAGAUGUGAUGAUUAUGGAGAACCUGUUCACUGGGUUCCAUAUGUUCAUAGUAGAAAGAACAUCAAGAGGAAGUUGAUGAUUGGCGUUGAUCACUUUAACAAGAAUCCCAAGAAGGGUCUGGAAUUUCUUCAAGGAUUAAAAUUGUUGCCUGACAAACUGGAUGCCCAAAGUGUAGCAUUUUUCUUCAGGUAUACAGUGGGAAUAGAUAAAAAUAAGAUUGGGGAAUUUCUAGGAGGUCACGAUGAAUUCUGUAUUCAAGUUCUUUAUGAAUUUGCUAGAACUUUUGAUUUCCGGAACAUGAAUUUGGACACUGCUUUGCGCGUGUUCUUGGAAACUUUCAGAUUGCCUGGAGAAUCCCAGAAGAUACAGAGAGUGCUUGAAGCAUUUUCUGAAAGCUAUUACGAGCAAUCAUCAGAUAUUUUGGUCAAUAAGGAUGCUGCUCUGCUGUUGUCAUAUUCUAUAAUAUUGCUCAAUACCGACCAACACAAUGCACAGGUCAAGAAGAAGAUGAGUGAAGAAGAUUUCAUACGUAACAAUCGCAAAAUCAAUGGUGGAAAUGAUCUGCCUCGAGAUUUCUUAUCUGAGCUGUAUCAAUCUAUAUGUGAAAAUGAAAUUCGCAUGGUUCCAGAUCAAGGAGGUUCUGCUGGGAUUCUGACACGAAGCCACUGGAUUGGUCUGACACACAGAGCAAAACAUACAUCGCCAUACAUUGUAUCUGAUUCAGGAUCCCACCUUGACUAUGAUAUGUUUACUCUUUUGUCUGGUCCUGCAAUUGCUGCCAUAUCCGUAGUGCUUGAUCAUGCGGAGGAUGAAGAUGUUUCACAGUUAUGCAUUGAUGGAUUCUUGGCCAUCGCUAGGCUUUCAGCUUCGUAUAAUCUGGGUGAAGUCUUGGAUGAUUUGGUUAUCUCUCUUUGCAAGUUUACAACCUUGUUGAGUCCAUCUUUCAAUGAGAAAUCAAUUCUUUAUUUUGCGCAUGACAUAAAAGCUAAGAUGGCAACUGUAGCAGUUUUUACCAUUGCAAACCGUUACAGUGACAGUAUUCGAUCAGGCUGGAGAAAUAUACUGGACUGCAUCUUGAGUUUGCAUAAAAUUGGCCUUCUUCCUGCACGCCUUGCGAGUGAUGCCACUGAUGAGUUGGAGUCUUCUACUGAUAAUGGUCAAGUGAAAACAUCAGCUACUUAUUCACCUGUAGCUCAGGUGCCAGCAACAAUUCCCAGGAAAUCAUCUGGGCUUAUGAGCCGGUUUAGCCUGUUGUUAUCAUAUGAUGCAGAAGAACCUGCACCCCAACCCUCAGAAGAACAGCUUGCUGCUCGUCAGCGUACUCUGCAGACAAUACAAAAUUGUCACAUUGAUAGCAUUUUUGCUGAGAGUAAGUUUCUACAAGCAGAAUCGUUGUCAGAGCUUGUCCGUGCUCUUGUCUUGGCUGCAGGACGUCCUCUCAAAGGGAAUAGCUCUUCAGAAGAUGAAGAUACAGCUGUUUUUUGUCUGGAGUUGCUGAUUGCAAUCACUCUAAACAAUCGGGAUAGGAUCAUGCUUCUAUGGCAAAAUGUGUAUGAGCACAUAGCAAAUGUUGUUCAAUCAACAGUGAUGCCUUGUACUCUUGUAGAGAAGGCUGUCUUUGGUCUCCUUCGCAUAUGCCAGCGAUUGCUUCCUUACAAGGAAAAUCUUACUGAAGAGCUUCUCAAGUCUCUGCAACUAGUAUUGAAACUUGAUGCCCGGGUAGCUGAUGCUUAUUGCGAGCAGAUCACACAGGAGGUCAUGCAUCUUGUGAAAGCAAAUGCAAUGCAGAUAAGAUCUCAUUUGGGUUGGCGGACAAUCAUAUCCUUAGUUUCAAUCACAGCUCGGCACCCAGAGGCAUCUGAAUCAGGGUUUGAGACACUGUCUUAUAUUAUGUCUGAGGGUGCCCACCUGUCACCUGCUAAUUAUGUGCUUUGCGUGAACGCUGCAAGGCAGUUUGCUGAGUCUCGUGUUGGCAAUGUCGAUCGGUCUGUCAAAUCUUUGGACCUGAUGUCUGCUUCAGUCGUUUGUCUGGUGACGUGGUUUUCCCAGACUAAGGAAGCAGCGGGUGAGGAAACUGCAGUUAAGAUGUCCCAGGAUAUUCUGGAAAUGUGGAUGAGGCUUGUGCAGGGAUUGAGAAAAGUUUGCGUGGAUCAGAGAGAAGAGGUCAGGAAUCAUGCCAUCGUGUUGCUACAAAGAUGCUUAACAGGGGUGGAUGGCAUCUCUAUACCGACUGAACUGUGGCUGCAAUGUUUUGAUCUCGUGAUCUUCACAUUGCUUGAUGAACUACCGGAAAUGGCUCAGCAACAAUCUGCCAAGGAGUAUCGAAGCGUGGAAGGAUCAAUGACACUGUCUCUCAAACUCUUGUCGAAAGCAUUUUUACAAGCCCUGGUUGAUCUAUCCCAGUCAACUUCAUUCUGCCAACUCUGGUUAAAGGUGCUUGGUUGUAUGGAAAAAUAUAUGAAGAUGAGAUUCAGAGGGAAAAGAAGUGAAAAGAUCCAUGAAUUAGUCCCGGAGCUUCUAAAGAACACUCUGUUAGUGAUGAAGACGAAAGGAAUUCUUGUCCCUUGCUAUCCCGUUGGAGGAGACAGCUUUUGGCAACUGACUUGGUCGCACGUGAACAACAUAGAACCAACUUUGCAGUCAGAAGUUUUCCCCAGCGAAGAACUAGAGAAGUUGAAAGAGAAUCACGCCAAGGCUAACUGCAGCCCUCUCCCCGAUGGAAGUGUCCUUGUUCCGCCAAACGAAACUGCAGCUUGAGGAUAUUUAUUCGUUCAUCCGUUUUGUUGUGCAUUCCCCCCACCCCGAGGGAGAAGAUGUUGAAAAUCCUAGAGAUACAGAAAUUGGAAGCCCUAGGUUUAUAGUAAAGGGUAAAGAGCAUCAAUUGGGUGACUCUGUUGGCCAUUGUUUUGGAGGAUGAUGAAGAGGAGUAAUGAUAUAUGAAUAUGGUUGAAACUUUUUUGCAGCAGUGUAUCCUUAGAGAAGUAUUACUUGCUAUUGUUUGUACUAUAACGUAUUCUCUGAUAUUAUAUAGCUUAAAUAUACCAUUACAUUGGACUUUA